AUGCUGAUUCUCUCAAGUUUAUUUCUAAUUUUAAAUAUAAUCAUUAACGGUUCGAGUAGUUCUUGUGAUAUUUGGAGACUUGUUGACUGCAACAAGGUAUUUUAUUGAAUAAUGUUUUUACUGUUGUUUUUUUUCAGAAGCUAACAGAGUUACCACUUCCUUCUGGAGAAAUCACGAAAAAGCUAGAACAAAUCAAUAAUUUUUGCAAAACAUUUGAUAGAUGUGAACAUAUAUUUAUAAAUUGUGUUGAUGAGAAACAUCAGCAUCGACUCAAAAUUUCAGUUAAUUAUUGCAAGUUGUUUUUUCGGUUGCGAAAGGAAGAUUUGAAUGAUUGCUUGAUUAAAUUGGAAGAAGAAGAAGAAAACGGAAGAUUUUGUGAAAACUUUGUAAGUAUUUGGUAUAUUUUCAGCAAUUGAACAAUACUUUUACAGAAGUUUGAUGAUUGUAAAGAUUGGAAUACUUUAGUUUACCAUAUUCAUCAUAAAAUCAACAAAUUUUGCACAAAAAAUCAAAUUGAAAUUUUCACACAGGUAUUUUUUUCAAAAAUGUUUUUGAUAUUUUGAAAAAAAUCGGAAAUUAUAGAUCUACAACAACUUCUUAUGCCAAAUGUGA